UCGAGAGAAAAAGCACAACAUUAGGUCGGCAGAAAUUGUGUACGCCUGCGCCCUUGACAUGCUGCGGUCUCGCUAUUUUCAAACAGCUGCACUUGAAAGUGUUAGCUGCUGGAUGUCAACCAAGCCGACUCGAAUAACAUGAAUUCUUAAUAUAUAAAUUCACACAGUAGCCUUCGUGGAGUCCAUUUAUAUGUAAGGAUAUCAACUGGCCGAGAGCAACCGUACACGUCAUGUGUAGCGCGAGCCAAAUCACUUGAAGUUCGCUGGACAUUAUUUCAUUUUCUUAUUCGGCACACGGAGACUGCUCUAGAUAGCUCACGGUUUUUGAGAUGAUCAAUUUCUGCAAUGGCGAGGGGUCUGUUUUCACGGGCCUGGUUGUCAAAGACUUCCCACUUUCAGGCUCGUCUGUCCUAUAUUCGAGUAAAGUAUCUCUUUCUCACAUGGCUUGCUGUGUUUGUGAGCAGCUGGGUUGUGUAUGUGCAGUACUCAACUUACUCUGAGCUGUGCAGAGGACGUGAAUGCAAGAGCAUCAUUUGUGAAAAAUACAGCAAAGGCAUUAUUGAUGGCUCUGCCUGUAGCAGCCUGUGUGAAGAAAGCUCACUGUACUUUGGAAGGUGCCUCUCCACCAAGCCAAACAAUCAGGUCUAUACAGGCAGCUGGGGUGAUCAUGAUGGUGUCAUCAAGUGUCAUCUGACUGACAUCCUACACUAUGAGCUGGGAGAUGAGCUGGAGCCGAAGAAAGAGGUCGCACUCUUUGAUAAACCCACUCGAGGAACCUCUGUAGAGAAGUUCAAAGAGAUGGUUGCCAGUCAUUUGAAGGCAAAAGUUGGAGAGCAAGCCAACCUCUCCAGUUUGGUAAGCCUGAUUUUUUCAUUGGCGGACAGCAAUAAAGACGGCCACAUCUCUCUCCCAGAAGCCAAGUCCGCAUGGGCUUUGCUGCAACUCAACGAGGUUCUGCUAGCAGUGGUGCUCCAGGACCGGGAGCACACACCUAGACUGUUGGGCUUCUGUGGGGACCUGUACGUAGUGGAGCGGGUGCCUCACACUCCCCUGUACGGGCUCAGUUUGCCAUGGCCCAUGGAACUUUGGAUUCCUACGGGCAUGAGGCGAAACAUGGAGCAGUGGUUCACACCUUCCUGGCCCCGCAAAGCAAAAAUUUUUAUCGGCUUGCUGGAGCUUAUAGAAGACAUCUUCCAUGGUACUUUUGGGAGCUUCUUAAUGUGCGACAUGAGAGCCAGUACUUUUGGUUACACCAAUCGCCAUGACCUCAGGCUGGUGGACGGGCGGCGUGUAGUAGCUGAGGAGGCAUUCAAACAGGCCAUGAUCCUUCAGCGCUGUGAGGAUGAUAAGGACUGCAUCUAUGGUGUGGACUGUAGGACUUCAUGCAACCACGUAGAACACCGAUGCAAGGCCGAGGUGGCUCAACCCAACCUGGCCAGGGCUUGCGGAGCACUGAAGGAUUACCUCCUACGAGGAGCUCCGGUCCAUCUACAGAAGGAGCUGGAGAAGCAGCUGUUCGCCUGCAUGGCACUCAAAGGUUCAGCUGAGCAGAUGGAAAUGGAGCACUCGCUCAUUCUCAACAACCUCAAGACACUGCUAUGGAAACAGAUCUCACACACCAAUGAUUCCUGAAGAGAAAUGAAGAUGCACUGGUAACAACAUUCAGAUUCUAGAAUGUCUUCUGAAGCACUUCAGGCCAUUGUGAAACUGGCUGGAAAUUACAAUGCUGGUAGCAAAGUGGCUGGAAAAUAGGCUGAUGGCAGUAUUCAUUGCUGCUUGAUACUUAAGUUCUUUUUCAUGACAAGAAUAGAUAGAUUCAUGAUAGAAUUAAAACCAUGAGGAAUUAUUGCUCAGGUUCAAUUUAAGAACUAAAAUGGAUACUCAUCCCCAAAAUGAACAUUUUGUCAUUAAUCACUUACCCCCAUGUUGAUCGUCUUCAGAACGCAAUUUAAGAUAUUUUGGAUAUUUUGCAUCAGAACAGUCCUUCUGCAAUCAGUUGUUGAACCGUAAUGUUAUGAAUGCGACAAGAAUACUUUUGUAUGCAUAGAAAACAAAAAUAACGAUUUUAUUUAACAGUUUGUCUCCACUGUGUCCAAAGCAGCAUUUUGGACAGCAUAACAUCCACUUAACGCAACCAGCUUACGAUCUUCUGUGUCAGCCACGCUGCACGGAUGCGCUGUUUCCAUUCAAAUCAAAGCAUAAAUACACAUAGAAAAUGUAUCCUUGUGUAGUGGCUGACACAGAAGAGUGUAAUCUGCAUGCAUUCAGCUCAUAUUCUCCAAAAUGGUGCUACGGAGAUGAACCAAGUUUUUAUGGGUUUGGAACGACAUGGGGGGUGAGUAAGUAUCCCUUUAAAGGGGUCCUAUUGUACUCUUUUACAAAGUCCUGAUUUUGUUUUGGGGUGUACUAGAACAGGCUGUCAUACUAGGUUGUGCGAAAAACAAAAAUUUUCACAUAUUUUCCAUGACAACACCCCUCAAACAAGUCUGGCAUGAAAGGCUCAAAGAGUUCCUGUAUCAAGUUUAAGGCCCGCCUUCUGAAAUACGAUAUGUGCUGUGAUUGGUUAGCUGGGCUAGUGUGUGUUGUCAUUGGCAGUACUCGGUGCCUGGUUGGGAAAUGUCAUGCCCCUUACCAUAGAUGUCUGCGAGCUUCAGUGUAAACUGCUUCAACAUUAAAUCAGAUUGAGCGUAAUUUAAACCCGAAUGAUUGUAACCAUUCUAAGUUCAUCUGUCUUGGGAAAGAUAGCGUGUCUCCGACACAGUGAUAACACUCAUCCCAUUUAUUAGUAUUUGUGAUAUCACAAAUCCCGGAAAAUAUGCGCUGUAGUCCAAACGAGUCAUUUGUUGUAGUUUUUGAAAAGUAACUGCAGAUCUUUUUUAUGCUCAAACAGCAACAUUACAGACUAACUAAAGUUGAAAAAGCAUAAUAGGACCUCUUUGAGGAGUAACAUUAUUUUCGUGUCUUGGUGCUUUGUCAUACACAGUUGAUCAGUGAUCAUGUUUAUUUUACCCUUCCUUCAGCUCUUAUGAAGGAGCAAAUGACACUAACUUUACAUCCAUUGUUGGAUGUCAACAUAGAAAGCACUCGCCACAGACUGUGGUUGUGUAAGUCUCCUGUUGUAAUGUUUGUCACAUAAGCACAGCAAAAAGAGCCAUAAACGAGCCAUUUUGAAAUGGGCACAUUAAUCCAAUGCCUUGAUAUGCAUGUUGUCAUUGGGUGUGUUUGAUGCUUGUGGGUGAAAACGCCUCAUUCUUUGUACUUAAACAAUCCUUGGAAAUGGUCAGACUGAUCUGAAUGUUACAGAUUCCAAUAUAAGGUUACAUUUGUUAUAAUACUUAAAACAAGUUCAUAAAACAAUACUUUUAAAGCAUUAGUCUGUGUUAAUGUUAAUUUAUAUGUGUACAGAUACAUUUACAGCAUCUCAAGUUGUAUAAUGUAUUACAAACGUGAAUUACCUUAGAAUAAUAUUUCAAAAUGAACAUUAACCUAGAUUAAUAAAUGCUGUGAACUGUUAAUUAGUUUGUGAUACCAAAUCCAAUUUUAAAGGUUUAACGCAGCUCACACUACACAACUUUUGCUUGGAUUUACAAGGUCUGUGACAGAAUCCCUGGAACCCAGCCAAAUCAGUGCCCAUUGUAGUUGCUUUGAGCAGGUCAGCAUCAUGAUCUGAGCUGUUCUCGAGCAGUCGCACUAUUAUUUUCUAAUCUAUUUGAUAUUAUUGUUAAACAGGGUGCGAUGCAAUGACAAGGUGGAAACUAAUCUAGCCAACAACAGUCCAGAUGUUAUAAAUGGAAAAAUCACUUGCAUGAAAUUGUGUGAGAAAAUGUUGACCAAAUGUCUUGUAGUUUGUGAAUCUCUUCAACAUUGUAUUGUGUAGUAUGUGUGCUGCUAUGACAAGAAACUUUGUUGUGUAGUGUAAACACCACAGAAGUCCAAGGGCCGUUUCAUUAAGGAGAUUCAACAAACUCUUGAGUUUAAACUUGAACUCUGAGUUGACUUACCCUGAGAUGGGAAACUCUGGAUUUUUCGGUUACAGAACAGCUGAAAUGAGUUGGUUUAAUCAACUCUAAAUUGACUGACUCGGAGUUAGCGUGCACCACAACUAUAAAAGCUGAUAUUACAAUUCACCAUGGCAACAGCUAAAUAACAGAUUGUAAAUGAUUAUAUUUAUUACAAUUAUAAAUAGUUGUAUCAUUAUUGAACACUCAUUAGGGACUUUACAUCCACUUUUAGAACAUUUUGUUCUUUUUUUUUUAAAUAAAUUCUAAUGUGACGUGAUGGAAAAAGUGAGAAGAACGAUCUCGGCAAAAGCCAGACUCUUAACCCAAUCAAUCGCGUUACGAGCUAGUUAUCUGUGCCCAAAAUAUUACUGCCCAGCAUUGGAGCCAUUAUUCACAUGUGUCGUAUUUAACCUUGUGUGUCAAUGGAGGGCGGAGCUACAGUAGAUUUGCACUUAGAAAUGGACACUCAGAAUAAUCUUGUUUUCCAUUUGCAUUAAGAUAGUUUUUAGUUUUUUAGUCCCAUUUUAAUCAAGUUAAAUGUACUUAAUUUAGACCCCCCCCCCCCCCCCCAAGAAACAAGACUAAGUAUAUCAUUUUCUUAUAUAGAAAAUCAAUCUUUAUUUUAUUUUAUUUGUAAUUAUAUUUGUAUUUGUGAGGAAAAAAACACUUAGUAAUAAGAGCAUUUUCCCAGCGUGCAUCAGUGAAGUGUUUAAAAAUGGGGAGGAGACCGAAAGAAACUCUGGGUUUAUCAAAGAAUUCAUAGUAACCAUGGUAACUGACUCAAGAGUAUAAGUUAGCUCUAUCAGAAACAGGCUUGACUUACCCUGCUUUCUCAGGUUUGACAAACCUUCCAUUCUGAAACAGAAAACCUAGAGUUUCCCUCAUUUUAGGGUUAACAUACUCAGUUUUCACAUAACCUCCUUUAUGAAAUGGCCCCAGGUAGUCUUACAGUUCUGUAGUGUGAGCUUGCCCUUGUUGAUCUGAAUGUUUACAAGAGUGAGUCUUGAAAAUAAUGCUGGGAGGUCCUUUUCAACCAUGGAAGUUCAAAACAUUGAUCAUUUUUUAUUUUGGUUUGUUGGGUUCCUAAUUUGUACUUCUAAGGCAUUUCUAGUGAAAACCAUCUUGAUAUGAUAAAAAUGAGAUUUUAAUCUAAAAACAAUAUGAAAUGUUUAUCAGUCAUGAUUCUUGAUGUACUUAUGAAGAGAGUGUCGUUUUUUUAUGGUGGAUUUUUCAGUGGGAUGUUUCAGAUUGCGUGUCAGCAGACAGACUGCUUCAGUUUUGUGUAUUCAUAAAUCAUACUGCUGCUGAUUAAGAGUUAAAUUGAGAUUUUUAUAAGAUCUGAUUGCAUGACUUUGCACAUUAAAAGUGUUUCAAAUAAUA